AUGUAUUCUAAAUCACAAUAUAGUUUAUUAAUUAUAAUAUUAACAUUAUUUAGUACCUUUGGAGGCAUCACCCAAGCCCAGGUAUCAGAAUGUGUAUCUGCACUUAGUCCCUACUUCCAAUCACUUGGACAAAAGGCUGGUAUACAAGUGAUCAUGGUAAAUGAUACUGGUAGUGUUACAUACGCCAGAGGUAACUCAAUGACUGGCUAUAUGUUCUCAAUUGAUAUGGCCAACACCGAUUCAUACCAAUCAGUACUUGCCGACAAUGAGAACUGUGUCCAAUCGAUCAAACAACCAUUCGAUGUCAAUAUCCUUAAGCCAUUAUUCUUUGAUGCCAGAAGUUUCCGUAUUUCCAAGGAUGCUAAUGUUGUAAUGAUUAUGCCAGGACAAGUUGUAAACUUUAACCUUACCAACUGUCAUGGAAAUGUUGUUAGCGGAUACAACUCCGGAGUGAUGUAUAUAUUCCAUUUAGCAUUGGAACAUAAGUAUGAUGCAGUGGGACAAGCAUGUGGUGGAACUACCACUGGCACUACUUCAUCAACCACGACCACAUCGUCAACUACUACCACUUCAUCAACAACUGGGGGUUCGGCAGCAUCAGUCGUGGUUACAGUUGGUAACCAAUGGAGUGAUAAUGGCGUAAACUAUGGCCUUUACAAUGGAAGAAUCACAAAUACUGGUACCAACUUGUUUACCAAGAUUGUAUUGACAUCCAAGGUUCAAUUGAGGAGUCCUGGUGAUCUGUGGGAGUUGGUCCCCUCUGGUGAUGUUGCCCAGGAUUACACAAUGCCAAGCUAUGUUACCCUUCAUCCAGGUGAAUAUCAUACCUUCCAAUUCAUCGCCAUAGCCAAUGAUGACGCAACCAAGUUUGAUAUCAAGAGUAUCUCCGUU